AUGCUCCGCGGCCAGACCCUCCCCUGGAGAGCCGCGCUCCAUCAAACACCGCGCCCUCUAAUCGUUCGGCCUUUCCUUGCUUCUCCUAGAUACAAUGCCAAUUUCCGAUCAGCCUUAAGGUCUACGCGCCUCUCCCGUCCUCUUCCGUCCUCUCCCCGCACCUUUUCCUCGAGCUCUAUCCGACGGAAAGAAAAGCCUCCACCGGGGGAGGACAAAGAAGAUUCGCCACAAAAGGAGCAGAAAGAUGCCAACGAAGAGAAAGAUGUUGACCGUAGCUCCGAAUCUCGACGGAAACCCACCGAUUCUUCGGGCAAGCAUGGAUCGUCAUUAGAACCGGGAGCUCCGACAUCGGGCUCCGCACGGCGGAAGGACAAGUCCACUGGGGACAAGGAGCAGCGUGGACUGGAAGAAGACUCCAAAAAGGACAAUAAUGCAGCUGAAGGAAAAGGCAAUUCAUCCGAUCCAUCACCGAUUCCACCCAGCGGGAGUUCGUCGGACUCCAAACCUAGCGGUGCUAACAACGGUGGAAAUGAAGACGGUGGCAAGAAAGGCAAGAAGGGCUCUAACGAGAAGGCUUUGCAGAAGCCUUCGGUUCCCGAGGUGUAUCCUCAAGUGAUGGCGAUUCCAAUUGCCAAGCGCCCCCUGUUCCCUGGAUUCUACAAAGCAAUUACUAUUCGGGACCCUAAUGUGGCCGUGGCCAUCCAGGAUAUGAUGAAGCGAGGACAGCCAUACGUGGGUGCUUUCUUAUUCAAGGACGAGAACGCUGAUGGCGACGUGAUUGAAAAUCUGGAUGACGUGUAUGAUGUUGGUGUCUUUGCCCAGAUCACGGCUGCGUACCCACUCCGUGGAGAAUCCAGCGGUGUGACCGCUGUGCUCUACCCUCACCGUCGCAUCAAGGUUUCUUCGCUACUACCGCCCAGCGACCAGGCCAAGGCUACUGCGACUACAACAGAGGAUAAGGCCACGGAAAAACGGGGUGAUGUUGUUGCUAGCUUUGAAGAAGGCGCCGCCGAACCUGCGCCCAAAGAUCACUACGAGCCGACCUCCUUCUUGCGAAAAUACCCAGUCAGUCUGGUCAACGUGGAAAACCUGGUGGAAGAAGCACAUGACAAGAAGAGUGCUAUCAUCCGUGCAGUGACAAGUGAGAUUGUCAACGUGUGCAAAGAGAUUGCUUCCCUCAACCCAUUGUUCCGUGAUCAGAUUUCUGCCUUUUACACAGACCAAUUUCCCGGAAACCUAAGUGAUGAGCCUGCUAAGUUGGCCGAUUUCGCCGCAGCUGUUUCCGCAGGAGAGCUGCACGAGAUGCAAGAAGUCCUCGAGAUGAUGAAUAUUGAAGAGCGACUUCCUAAGGCGCUUGUGGUCUUGAAAAAGGAGUUGAUGAACGCGCAACUGCAGUCGAAGAUCUCCAAGGAUGUGGAGGCUAAGAUUCAGAAGCGCCAACGCGAGUACUGGUUGAUGGAGCAGAUGAAAGGCAUCAAGAGAGAAUUGGGCAUUGAAUCUGAUGGAAAGGACAAGCUUGUCGAGAAGUUCAAAGAAAAGGCAGAGAAGCUUGCCAUGCCAGAAGCUGUAAAGAAGGUGUUUGACGAGGAGAUCAACAAGCUGGCUCACCUGGAACCGGCUGCGUCCGAAUUCAACGUGACCCGCAACUACCUUGACUGGUUGACCCAGAUUCCCUGGGGCCAGAAGAGUGUGGAGAAUUUUGGAAUCAAGAAUGCGAUGACCGUUCUGGAUGAGGAUCACUACGGCCUCAAGGAUGUCAAGGACCGUAUUCUUGAGUUUAUCGCUGUUGGAAAGCUCCGUGGAACAGUGGAAGGAAAGAUUCUCUGCCUUGUCGGCCCACCAGGUGUCGGAAAGACCAGUAUCGGAAAGUCGAUCGCUCGUGCACUAAACAGACAGUAUUACCGAUUCUCUGUUGGUGGGUUGACUGAUGUGGCCGAGAUUAAGGGACACCGAAGGACCUACGUCGGUGCUCUUCCUGGCCGUAUCAUCCAAGCUCUCAAGAAGUGCCAAACCGAAAACCCUCUCAUCCUGAUCGAUGAGGUAGACAAGAUUGGACGUGGACACCAGGGCGAUCCGUCGUCCGCUUUGCUCGAACUCCUCGACCCUGAGCAGAAUUCGUCGUUCUUGGACCAUUAUAUGGAUGUUCCGGUGGAUCUAUCCAAGGUUCUCUUUGUCUGCACUGCCAACAUCACGGACACAAUUCCUCGACCACUUUUGGAUCGUAUGGAACUCAUUGAGCUUUCGGGUUACGUUGCGGACGAGAAGAAGGCCAUCGCGGAUCGUUACUUGGCUCCCGCUGCAAGAGAGCUGACUGGUCUCAAGGAAGUCGAUGUUACUCUUAAGGAGGAUGCCAUCGAAGAGCUCAUCAAAUCAUACUGUCGCGAAAGCGGUGUCCGCAACUUGAAGAAGCAGAUCGAAAAGGUCUAUCGAAAGGCCGCUUUCAAGAUUGUUCAGGAUUUGGGAGAGGAUGUCUUUGCGGAAGAAGACGCCAUUACCGAUGAAGGAAAGGCUGCGCAGGAGUCGUCGAAGAAGGAAGAGACCUCCGAUCCGAAUGACCCCCCUGCUGACCCAGAGAAAUCGACCACGGAAACUCCCCGACUUGCUCUUAAGGUACCUGAUAGCGUGCACCUCAGCAUCGGCAAAGACAGCCUCACAGACUAUGUUGGGCCACCAGUUUUCACGGCCGAUCGCCUGUACGACACUUUCCCCCCCGGUGUGACGAUGGGACUUGCAUGGACCAGUAUGGGAGGCGCCGCUCUCUACGUUGAAUCUAUUUUGGAGAAUGCCCUGACACCUGAGUCGCGACCGGGUAUCGACAUCACUGGUAACUUGCAGAAUGUCAUGAAGGAAUCUACCCACAUUGCCUAUUCAUUCUCCAAGUCGGUGAUGGCUAAGAAAUUCCCGGAAAACAAAUUCUUUGAAAAGGCCAAGCUGCACAUGCAUUGCCCUGAGGGUGCUGUGCCCAAAGAUGGCCCAUCUGCUGGUAUUACCAUGGCGACGUCUCUGUUGUCCUUGGCUUUGGACCACCCUCUCGACCCAACUAUUGCCAUGACAGGAGAACUGACCGUGACUGGCAAGGUGUUGCGCAUUGGAGGGUUGCGGGAGAAGACAGUUGCGGCGCGCCGUGCGGGAGCGAAGAAGAUUAUUUUCCCCGCGGAUAACAUGUCCGACUGGCUUGAGCUGCCUGAGAACAUCAAGCAAGGCAUUGAAGGCCAUGCGGCCGGCUGGUACUCGGAGGUGUUUGACAUUCUCUUUGCCAACCUAGACCGAGACGCCGCCAACAAGGUGUGGUCGAAGGCGCUUGCGGACACAUCGUCCAAGAAAAAACUCAAGGAGAGCCACGAAGACGACGAUGAUUGA